UUUUCUUCUGAAAUACGGUAGCGGCUUUUGAUCUCAAAGGCAGCUUUUAAAUUGACUGCUUUAAAUUGAAAUUACCUUUAGCUUCGAAGUAGCUGCUUGAAAUUUAGAUUCAAAGCCCGCGCGCCGCGCCGCGGCGUGCUUCGGAUCUUACAGGAGAUCUUGCUACGGCGUGUUGUUUUCGGUGUGUAUUAGUGAAAGGGUUAAUAAUAUACAUCGGCGAUCGCGCGCCGUGGCUGCGACUUUACCUUUGCUCUCAUCAUCAUCAUGAGGAUGAUAUCCGCGAGUCGGGUGAAAGCGCGCACGAGUUGGCUGAUACAGCCCGCUCUAAUCAGCUCUAAGCGCGACGCGCGUUUCUUUGUAGCUUUCUUUGUAGUUUCUUUGUCGCGUGGCGAUGCCACCUGCGCGGCGUGCACGCUUCUAUUAAUGAUCCGCGCGUUCCCAACAACAUGUUUUUCGACGUAUGUUGCACGCACCAUCUCAAUCGCAGGGAGGCCAGCAGCCGCUACGAGUCGCAGUCGGCGCAGUCGACGCAGGAUCGCAGGAAGCUGCUGAAGCGCACGCGGAGCCUCGCGGUGAUAUCGGAGGACGAGUCGCGGCAGGAGCGAGAGGCCCGCCACUUCCGGCUGGGUCAGUCGACCUUCGAUCUGCCGAGGAGGCAUCAGUUGAUACCGAGGGCCAAGCUGAUCGAUCGGAAUUCUCUCAAGGACAGACUCUCCAAGAGUCAGCAGCACCUCACGGACUCUUACGAGAGGUUCAACGAGGCGAGGUCCUACCACUCGCGAUCGACGUGCGGCCUUCACUCGAUCCCGUCGGGUCUCGUGUCUCUUCCAGAUCCGCUGCCCUGCAGCCGAGGGAGUCGCGCUGAUCCCGACAGGUUGAACAUCCUCGACUGGCCGGAUCCGCCGAGGCGGUAUCGCAGUGUGCAAAACUUGGACACCGUGAGCGGCCUGGUCGACAUCGUCGAGGACAAUUGGCCCAUCGAAGGCAAUCGCAGCAUCGAUUGCAUAUACACGCAGGUGAAGCGCAAGCGCAAGGAGCACCGCAGUUUAGACAGCAUCCUCUUCGAGGAUGACGGCGAGCUGGAGUACUUCGACGUGCUGAAUUUACUGCCGCUCUCCAACGUGCGGCUGGAAUACGACGAGGACGACUCGGCGGACGGUAAUUUCGAGCGGCGGGACUCGCGAGACUUGAGAGUCCUCGAGUACCGCGAGCCGAGCAGCGCCGAGCAGGAUUCGCCCUCCACGAGCGUCGCGGACGAAGAGAAGAGCGCCGUCAAAAAAAGCAAUACCGCCGCGCGAGCCGACGACGACGACGACGACGACGACGGCGAGAGCGAGGGCGAGGGCGAGGGCGAGGGCGACGAUCCCGGGCGGAAGAUUCACGAGGACCUCGACUCAGCGGCGGGACACCGUCGCGAAUCUGAAGGAAGUUUCGGUCUGAACGAUCUGAACGAAGACUCGGAUAUUAACUCGGCAAACAAGUUCGCGGAUCAGCGCGCUCCCUCCUCAUCCUCUUCCACGUCGUCGUCCUCGUCCAAGUUCAAGCGGGAGCGAUACAAAGCCGAUGUCGAGAGUCUUAUAAGUCCUCCGUGCGAGGAGGAUCGCAAGCUCGAGGAGGUAGAGGACUACAAGUCGAUUUGGAUCUCGGACAGCGAGGAGCACGACGAGAUGUCGAGAAGACCGCAGAUUCUCAAGGUCGUCGACAACGACGUCACCAAGAGGCGACAUCGGCGCUCGGUCGUGGAGAUCGAUGCCGUCGUCGAGGACGUGCCAAAGUACAAGCAGCCGCAGGAGCUGGAGCGGACAAAGGGCGCGAACGAGCGCGUCGACGUCUCCACGUUGAGCAAGACGGGCAACAUUCACGGGAAAAAUGCGGAGAACGCCGCGACGGCGGGAAAUGCGGCCGAGGUGACGACGCCGGAGGACGCGAGGAGUUUUUUCGAGCGGAAAACCACGGAGAGGGAGACGGAGCGGAAUAAGCAGAACGAGGGUAGAUUCGAGAGGAUAGUAAAGGAGACGUCCAAUAUCCUUGGCAAGGCGUGCAGCGUCGUAAAGGGGAGCCUGGGUUUCGAGGCGAGGUCAGAGAGUUCCGACCUCGGCCUCGGCUCCGAGUCUGGCAGUGACUCUCGCAGGAGAUCGAUGGACGAUGGCGCCGCCGAGGACGAUCGGUCGGCCAGGAACGCGGGAGACAGUUCCAGCGCGCCGGCCGACAUGGCCAGCAUGGGCGACGGCAAAAAGCCGCACACCAAUCUCACCAGGUCGAGGAGCUGCGUGGACUCGAUAGAGUGCCAGGACGACGGACCGGAGUUCGAUCACGUGCGCUACAAGAUCGUCAAGUCGCACAUGUUCAGCAAGAACAUGUUCAACACCGGCCGCGGCGACGUCACCUACGACGGGCUGAUGCAGUACCUGCGCGAGUACUCGUUCCAAGAGCUGCUGAUGGACAACAACGUCGUAAUCAUCGAGCCGGUGCGCGCCGAGCCGGUGGAGCGUAAGUCGUCGUCGUCGCCGUUGGCCAGAACCGAGCCGUCGUCCUGCAAGAUCGCCGGCGCGAUCCAGAAGAAAGCCGAGAGGAGCGGCGAACGAGCGGCCGGCGACGGCGCUGUUAAAAGUCCCAACAAGUCGGUCAUCAGGAAGCACUUCUUCUACCACCCGAUCAGGGUGAAUCGCGAGCUGAUCGAUGAAGAACUGCCGGACCCGGAUACCGUGCGAAACGUGAGACGCAUGUUCGAGAACACCCUGAAGAAGAAGAGCACGUCCGACGCGGAAUUCUCGAGAGACUGCAAGAGCAGGAGGUGCCUCAGCAUGAAGGAUCUGACGAGCAUCGACGACGGCCGAUACGACGAUAUGUCCGACAAGGCGCGCGAGGAAUCCAGAUCCAGGUGCUCCAGCAGGGCGAAGGAUCUCACGAGACUCUUCGAGACCAAGUCCACGUCGUCGAGCGCCUCCAUCAGCAAGGAGGAGUCCGGCAGCCCGCGAGGGGAGUCGAAGACGAGGAUUCUCGCGCAGAGCUUCGAGGCCAGAAGCGGCAACACGUCACCGAGCGACUGCUCUAACUGCUCCAAGAACAAGGUCGGUCGUUACCACCAUCAUCAUCAUCAUCACCACCAUCAUCAUCAUCAUCAUCAUCAGAACUGGGACUCUGGUAGCGUGAGUUCCGGGGUGUCGAGCGAUUAUCCCGAUACCGACGGCGGCAGCGCGGCUCACUGCACGUCCUCCGACGACGAGGACGUCAACUGCCACGAGGACGACGGCGCGGACACGAGCGGCCCGGGUCACUACGUGUCGCAGGACGUGCUGAGGAAGAUCCGCGAGUGCGGCACCUCGGUGACGUACUACGGCGGCAAGGUGGUGAAUACGCACAACGGGCCGCUCAUCUCGCCGCUGAUCGGCAACGGCUUCAAGCGGACCGACCGCUCGAGCGACUACGUGAAGUUCAAGCUGGUGAAGAGCAACUCGUGCGACAGCAGGCUCGAGUUGACCGGCAGAUUCGUGGAGGGCAGGUCGUUGCCGCCGCGUCGUGACCGCGACCGCGGCACCGGCGAUCUCCGCCAAUGCACGAUCGUGGAGACGCCGAGCAUCGAGAUCACAACGAUCGAACGGCAGCAACAGGACGACGAGGAGGAACGGCGGAACGAGGGGAUCGGCCAGACCGAGCAGGUGAAGCGGGAGCCGCCGGUGGUGAUUGGACUGGAGCCGAAGAAAGAAGACCCGAAGGAGCUGAGGACUUUCAAGGCGGACUUUAAGCUCGGCAACUUGGACGACGAGUCGAGAUCCAAUUAUCCGAGCAGAUUCGCAGCGAGCGCGCUCACGAGAUGGGAAGUGAAUACCAGCGACUGGAAGCCCGGCAAUGAUUUCGGCAAGAUGGAGUUCGAGGAGUUUGAGGUCCUCGAGGAUAGCCUCAAUGGGAUCGAGCUGGGCCAGAACGAAUACGCGCAAACAUCCUGAGAGAACGGCCCCUCCAAUUGAUAUAUUUAUUUCUUCGACGAACGAUCGGACAGCCGAGGAUUGCCAAAGGAGAUGACGUAAUUGAUACCUUAAUAAUGAAUCACACUAAUGUACGCACAUACAGACAUCGCAAGAUUUAUCGAGACGUCACUGCAGCAUACGACGAUCGUGCGUUCACACGCACGAGCGGCGUAUUCAGCGAUGAAAAAAUUAUUUACCGUCAAACCGCGAACACGGGAGGGUUUGUUUUUCGAGAUAUGGAGUUUUCUCUCCCUCCCUCUCUCUCUCUCUCUCUCUCUCUCUCUCCCUUGCACGCGCGCGCGGCAAAGGCGAGUAUCGGCGAGAAGACGUUGAUAAUCCGGAUAACUUAAUUUUGGGCACAUUAAGUACCAUUAAUCUCGAUUAAGUCCGUUGCAGAUGGAUAAAAUCCAUGCGAGUCAUAUUUCAGAGCGGGUGAUAAGCCGAUCGAUAAAGCGUGAGUUUUACGAAGUCACGGUAUGGAGGAUUCUCAGCGUAGCUGAGUCACAUGUGAUGCACGAAGGAUUCACGAAGCGCACGCGAACGUGACCGAUGUAAUUUGUGAAUGUGUACCAAAUGUGUAAUAAAUAUGAUGUAAUAUAUAUAUAUAUAUAUA